AUGUCUGCUGCAGACAAAAAAAUUGCAUUUUUCUUUAAACCACGGUUAAACCUCAAGGCACCAACAGCAAGUGUUGAGAGUUCAUCACCUCAAAGUGAAAAAAAGAAAUCUGGGCGUGUCAGUAAUAAAAAAGUAAAAUCAUCAGCCGCUGGAGUUCAAGACGAUGCUUCUGCCAAUAAAAUUACUCACCCAAAUGAAGAAAUACUAUCAAAUGACACUCAGUCGGUCGAUAAUAGUGAAAUUGAUGCGUAUGAUAUAGAUGCAGCCGUUGGUACAUAUAUUCCUUCGGCAACAACCACAAAUAAUAACAAUGUGGUUGAAGUCGAUGAUGUCUUUUUAAUGGACACUAAUGAAACGUCACCAACAUUAGUCAGUGGUUUUCCAAUACCUGUUCGCCUUGAAGACGACGAUAGCAAAGCUUCAUCAUCUCAAAUACAGUCCCCAUAUACGGCCGUUACGGGUAGUCGUCCUCAACGAGAAGCCAAAAAACAAGUAUCAGUUAUUCUUGGUCAAUUAACACGCAAAACACGUUCGCGACCACCGUCUGAAACACAACAACAACUAGUAAAACAAAAUUUAUCAGCUAGUGAGCAAUUCAGUAAUGGUGAUGAUCAAAGUUCAACAACAAAUAAUAAUGAUUACGCAUUUGACGAAGAAGAACAUCAGCAGCCUCCAAUAUUACCUCAAUCAACAGAAAAAGUUGGAAUCAAAUUAAAAUUUAAUCUUCGUUCUCAGUCUGUUCGAGAUGCAAAUGAAGUAGAUGAUAGUGAAUAUGUAAAUCCAGUUGAAGAAGAUUAUUCGAAUGGUUCGUCGGAUGAUCGAUUGAAAAUUGUUGAACUACCUUCAACUGAACACGAAGAGAGUAUGGAUGAACAAGAAGAAGAAGAUGUUGAAGAUAAUAAUAGCGAAGAAGAAGAACAAGCCUUUGCAUCUCCACUGGUAGAAAUGUCUUAUGUCAGCGAUGAACACUCAAUACAACCUCAAAUAGCGACAUCAAAAACGAAAACAUCAAGAAAACAAUUGUUAAGUCGUCUAAUUGGUCAGUCAUCGAAUACUUUGUCAUUAGAAACAAGUCCAAUCAAAUCAAAUACUCAACUUGCAGAGGCUAAUCAAGGUGAACUAGAAAAAACACCAACAUUGAUCAAUGAAGUACGACAAACAAAAUCUGGUCGAGUAAUACGUUAUACACCGUAUUUCAAAGAAUUACUUCACGGUGUAACACCAACAACUUCUUUGCCACCAACUAUUCCAACUGAACAACAACCACCACCAUCGAAAAGCAAAUCAAAGCGUUCAACAAAGAAAAAAACUCAAGUAUCUACACAAGAGCAACAAAAUUUAGAAGACGACUUAGAUGCUAUUAAUAUGGCAAUUAAGUCGGAGGCAGCAAACGACAUUGACUUUGAAAUUAACGAACAAGAAGACGAAGAACCUGAUGAAGAAUUUGGUGAAGAUGAUGAUGAAAUUCCAAAUGAAAGUGACGACGAUUCGUAUAUCGAAGACGGGCCGAAUGAAGAUGAUCAACUAAUGCUGUCAAUUCCAAAAGACAACUUGGAUGGUUUUAGUUUAUGGUCAAUUAAAUAUCGUCAACGACAUAGCCAUGAAUCGGUUGAUAACCAAACAUUGUGUCGUUCAUGGAAAAAAAUGAGUUUACACGAUAGAAAACGUUGGUGUCUAAAGGCUGAAGCUGAAAAUCAUCAUUUUCAAAAAGUAGUUAUCAAACAUGAAUUACCACAUCAACAAAAAUCGCCAAAAAAAUCAUCAAAGCGACAACAACCCCAAUCACAAACCGAAACAACAACACCGAUACUUUUACAAAAAACGUUAAAUCAAUAUGCUAAACAAAUUCAUCCACAAACAACACCAUUAGAAAAUCUACAAACAACAAAAUCAUCGAAGACAGCGAUUCGUCCACCAAACGCAUUUGCAAGACAACAUCAGCAGCAACAACAACAACAACAACAUGUUAAGACCUAUGAUGUUGUCGAUAUAGCAGCUGGAAUCUAUCUAUUGGGUGAAUCUUUAACAAAAAUGAGUGAAAAGGUAAGACAAUUGGGUCAUUUGAAUCCCAGAGCAACAUCAGUUGAGAAUUUAUCAACAAUCUUAUUUGAUGGAACAUUGUGUGCAUGCAAUUUAAUGGCUUGUCUUGGAAAUGAAAUUGUUCAAUCAUCAACAGAAUCGAAACAAAUAACAAGUAAACUUAUGGAAAAUGUUGGUAUUAUUCUACCUGGUUUAGGUUAG